AUGGGUCUUGCGGAAAAUGUCCUGUCACUGGUGACGGUGACCAAUGUCAUCUUGGGUCUUGUGGCCUAUGUCGCGCUCAAGUUUAGCUGGCAAAUUAUCUAUUAUCGCUUCUUCAGUCCGCUUGCAAAGUUCCCCGGCCCCUUCUGGGGCUCUGUAACUCGUCUCUGGAUCGCAUGGCAUAAUCUACAGGAGACCGAGGUACCAACUGUUUAUGCGCUUGCUCAGAAAUAUGGCCCUGUUGUUCGCAUUACCCCAACAUUGUUGUUGGUCAGCGAUCAUGAAAAGCUUCCGGAAGUCUACCACCGCAAUGCAGACAAGACCGGACACUAUAUCACUGGAAGUUUUGGCGAGACCGAGUCUCUGUUCAACAUGAGGUCCCACAAGACCCAUGCCGUGUUCAGAAAACAUGUUGCCGGACCGUACAGCUUCAGCAACAUCAAAAAAAUGGAGCCACUACUUGAUGCGCGCAUCAAUGCGUGGACCACUAAACUAAAUGAAAAGUUCGCAAAGAGCGGCGAAGCCUUUGACUUCGCCUGGUGGGCAGUCUACAUGGCCUACGACAUCAUCAGCGAAAUCGGCUUCGGCGAGCCCUUCGGUUUCAUCGAAAAAGGCGAAGAUAUCGGCGGCCUAAUCCAAGGCUUCCACGACGGCCUCCCAGCCUUCGGCCUCCUAGCCCGCCUACACCCCUUCACCUCAUGGAUAAAAACUACCUUCCUGAAAAAGUACCUCGUCGCCAAGCCAGAAGAUAACUCCGGAAUUGGCGUGCUAAUGCGCUUCCGCGACCGCCUCAUCGAUCAACGCAUUAAAGACAUCCAAGACGGCAGGAAAUCAGAUCGCACAGACCUGCUCCAGACAUUCCUCGACGCUCUUACCGAAGACGGCAAACCCCUUGAUCUGGAGUACAUCCGCGCGGAAGUCCUGCUCGUCCUCCUCGCUGGCGCUGACACAACAGGCACCGCCUUCCAGGCCAUGGUGCAGUUCCUCCUAACCCACCCGGGGGCGUACAAGCGUAUGAUGGAAGAAAUUGAUAACGCUGUCCGUAAGGGCCUUAUCUCAGAUAUGCCUCAGAGACUAUGCGUCUGUGUCCGUCUGCGCCGAAUAUCUUCCCCCCGCUAUGUCCCUGAGCCGGGACUUGAUCUGUAUGGUCGUUUUGCGCCGGCGGGUACGGAGAUUACCUGUAACCCGUACCUUGUGCAUCGGGAUCCGAAGCUUUAUGGGUAUGAUGCCGAGGAGUUUAAGCCUGAGAGGUGGCUGGAUGUUGAGAGGGCGAAGUUGUAUAACAAGUAUAACUUUUCGUUUGGGUAUGGGUCGCGUGUUUGUUUGGGGAGGGAUAUUGCUAUGAUGGAGUUGUUUAAGGGCCCUUUGCAGUUCUUCCGUCAGUACAGACCACAGACUGUACAGGGUAAACCUGGGGCUAAGUUCAUGGUCAAAGGUGGGAUUGGCUACUGGAGAGACGUGUGGUUGACUAUUUCUCCGCGGGCAGAGGUGAAGGCUGAGUGA